AUGCGGACCCCCGAGUUCCACGAGGACGAGUGCUCGAGAUACUUUGACUGCCCCACCCACGUCGUUGAGCGUCAGCUCCCCGAGUCCACCGCCGCGGUACAGUUGCGACUCGUGCCGGUCCCCUCGAGCUUCCCAUUCGAACCACGAGCCUCCCCAGACAGCUUCGACGUUGUCUCAGACUACCGACCCGACCCAGCGCAGGCUUCCAAGCCCUCCUCUUCCACCAGUUCCCCAAAGCACCCGCCCCAGUAUGCUGGAACUGCCACCCACACCACGAAGCACGAGCGAGACAGCUUCGUCUUCGGCAACCUCUUCGUCGAGGUCACUCCAUCGGAACCCUUCGGAGCUAGUUUUACCCCGGUGGCAGCCCGACUCUGA